UUGAGAAGUUGGAUAAUUUCGUAGUUGGACCAGUGCAAGGGAUUUUGACUUGCCCUAAUCAAAAGUAGCCCAUUUGAGACGUUCUCAUGUAUCGCGACUUUAUGUUAAUUGCAUUCGUGCAUCUCAAGUUUGCAAAAGUUGUCGUUCUUUAUCGUAAUUUAAGUUAUAGUUCAAGCGUGUUGUUCAAUUUGAACUCAAGAAUAUCCAGUUAUAUUAGGGAAGGCGAUGUCUGCUCCGCACGUAAACUGUUUGACGAAUUACCCAACAGAAAUGUUGUAACUUGGAACUGCAUGCUUUCUGGGUAUACCAGGAAUGGGAUGAUCCAAGAAGCUCGGGAGCUUUUUGAUUCUAUGCCAGGCAGGAAUGUUGUGUCUUGGACAGCCAUGCUAAGUGGGUACGCGAGGAACGGAAGGCUAGACGAAGCUAAACUUUUGUUUGAUUCAGUAGCUGAAAAGAAUAUCAUCUGUUGGAAUUCGAUGAUUUCAGGGUAUGUCAACAAUGGAAGAAUAGAAGAAGGCCGAGCACUGUUUGAUAAAAUGCCAAUUAAGAACACAACAUCCUGGAGAAUCAUGAUUGAUGGAUACUUUCAAAGUCGAAACUUGAGUGAAGCAGAGAGGCUGUUUAACAAAGUACCUAUGAAAACUGUGUCACUUUGUAACACGAUGUUAGCAGGUUAUUCUGACGUGGGGAAUCUAGAAGGUUCUUUUAGGUUGUUUAUGAAGAUGGGAACCCGAGAUGUUGUUUCAUGGACUAGUAUGAUUUCUUGCUUGUUAAGAGCAGGGGAGUUGAAACAAGCUAGGACCUUUUUCAAUGCCAUGCCUGAGAAGGAUAUAGUGGCACGGACAGCAAUGAUAAGGGGUUAUCUGGAUAAUAAUCAGAUUCGGGAAGCUCAUGAAUUAUUUACGGAAAUGCCAUAUCGGGACACAAUAGCCUGGAACUCAAUGAUCAACGGCUAUUCCCAAAACGGAAUGCUUCAAGAGGCCCUUGAUCUUUUCAACAAGAUGCCACAAAGGGAUGUAGUCUCAUGGAAUUUGAUCCUAUCUGCCUAUCUCCAACUAGGCGAUCCAAAUGCCGCCACAAGAUUUUUCACGGAGAUGCCUAAGAAAGAUGUAACCUCUUGGAACACAAUAAUUUCUGGAUUCCAAAACGAGGAAGCUCUGUUGUAUUAUGUCAAGAUGCUACAAGAUGGGAUUAAGCCCAACAAGGGAACCUUCCCAAGUGUAUUAUCAACAUGUGGACUUCUUGCUAUCCAUGGUUGUGGACGAGCAAUUCACGCCAGUGUUAUAAAAAAUGGUCUUGAAAAAGAUAUCAUGACACUGAGCUCAUUGAUCUCAAUGUACUCUAGGUGUGGAUUUUUAGAUGUGGCAUCACUUGUGUUCCAAAAUAUGAAAAAGCGAGACCUCGCUGCAUGGAAUGCCAUGAUUGUGGCCCAAGCACACCACGGUUCUGCCAUGGAAGCUCUUGCUCUUUUUGACGUAAUGGUCCAAGAUGGGUUUGAACCGGACCACAUAACGUUCAUGGGACUCCUAGCUGCUUGUGCUCAUUCUGGGAUGGUUCAUAAAGGCUGGGAAUAUUUCUACUCAAUGCAAAAGAGAUGGAAUUUGGAGCCCAAACAAGAACAUUAUGUAUACAUGGUUGAUCUUCUUGGCAGAUCAGGUUCUUUAACAGAAGCGGUUGAGUUUGUUAAACAACUGCCUGCCAAUGUUGUCCCAAUGUAUGCUCGGGAAACCUUAUUAAGUAGUUGCAGAGUGUAUGAUGAUUACAAGUUGGGUGAUUUUGUGGCGAAGGAGUUUGGAACAGUUUCUCCUUCUCUGUCUCUUCUUUUAUCGAACACGUAUGCUGCAAGAGGGAUGUGGAAAAGUGUGUCAAAGGUCAGAACUGAACUGAAACAACUUCGGUUCAGAAAGGAGUCUGGGUGCAGUUGGAUCGAAGUGAAUGGGUGUUUGUCUCAGUUUGUGUGUAAUGACAAAUCCCACCACCAAGCUGGGGACAUCUACAAGGAGUUAGAGAGACUUUCAGUCAUUGUGAAUUUUGGUGCAUUGAAUUUGCCAUCUUACUGGUGACAUGGUGACAUAAUACCUUCAACAGAAUACAUCAAAUAACCAACAUCAAAAGGCCUGAUGUUGAACAGGUCCAGGCUGCCUGCUGUAGCUGAGAAAGAUUGCUUUUACAGUUUGCAUCAGCAUAAUGGUAAAAAUUCUCAAUGCGUACAUACUGUGAAUUUAUAAAGAAGAUGAAAUAUUCUUUACCCAUCUCAUAGUAUACAAUUAUAUCCUCAAUAAGAAAGAACAAUUAGAAGAAAAAUAAACAAUAAACACAGAGGACAUAAUGCAGGCUCUUAGGAUCACAUCAUAGGCUUCCGUAGGGUGGUCGUUGCUAUUCUCACAGUUUUCAGUUUUGGGAAAUUUCUGGCGCAGCGGUGGCGGCAGGUAAAGAGCUCUGCCGGGAAAUCUGACGGUUGAUGAGGUUUCUCCGAUCAGCACACCGCUUGAAGCAUGUGUAUAUAUACAUGACCAGCCAAAACACCCAUGGAGACCCAAUCAGCGAGAAGGCGACGUAGAGAAACCACGGUUGAGAUUCCGCCGGAAAGAAAACGUAGAUGCCAAGAAACACCCCUCCUGCGGUUACCAAGAUGAAGAACAUGAAUGAGAUGAGUGGAACCCUGAUGUCAGUUUGCCGCUCCUCCAUUGCUCUUAUUCUGUCUUCUUUCUUUUGAUCUCUUAAAUGGUUUUUGUUGUUUCUGAUGUAUAUUGAGGGGGCGGUUAUGACGAGAUUCGAAUUGAAUAUUCAAUUCACACCAAUAACCUUCAGAAAAUUCAUCUUUCUUCGUUAAUGCUGAAUAGAGAAUGUGAUUUUCUGAUGAUAAUGAUGAUGGUUUAGACUGAUCUGGUUUUAUUGUUAGAACUCUUAUUGAUUUUUUAUGCCGGGUAGGGAUCAGGAAAAUGUAAAAACACAAAAGAGGAAAAGGGGAAGGAAGCUAAGCUAAGAACCUAAUUAAAGGCGUAGCGUUGCUUCCUUGACGAACGUUGCAAUGUGGUUCUUCGUCUAUAUGCACAAUGCAUGGCGUAUUUCGUUC